AUGGAACAAGGAUCUAACCUCUGGACAGGUUUGCAGAAAUCUUGGUUGGGGAUCAAGGAAGAGGCACGCGAUACGUCAGGCGUCACAUGGCGAGAGCUAGCCCUGGUACCUACUAAUCGACACCGUCUGCUGGUGCUCAUCUGCCUGUUUCAACAUACAGAUGCCCCCCAGAUCUUCUCGCUGGUGGGUGCAGGCCAGGACAAGCUGCUGCUGACGGGCUUCUUCGGCGUGGUCGAGGUGGUAUCGUGCCUGUUCUUCCUGCUCUUCCUGGUUGGGCGUCUGGGACGACGCGGAUCCCUGCUAACCGGAGCGCUUCUCAUGGGAAGCUACAUGCUCAUUGUUGCCGUUCUCCCGGUCAAGUUCCCUCCUGACCUGAAUGCUGGACUGACACCACCCUCGAUUGCGUCGUCGAUCAUGAUUUAUCUCGAGGUCAUGAGCUACAAUAUUUUCAUAGGGUCCUGUUCCUUCGCGGUGCAGUGGCUGCUCAAUUUUGUCUCUUUGCAGGCGACGCCUCAUGCCGACAGCAACCUGAGAUGGAGGACAUUUGUCAUGUUUGCCAUUUUCAACUAUACUCUCGUCAUAUUUACCUGGUUCUUUAUCAAGGAGACCAGGGGCAAAUCUCUCGAGGAGAUGGAAGCCUCUAAAGAUACGGUGGCCUCUGCCGAGAAGGAAUAA